AAACUCCAUUCUGUUUCUUUUUUAAACAAACUUCUUCAUUUUUAUUGUUUGAUUGUUUCCUCCCUCUGUUUAUUCUCUUCUCUGCCUCACAAAAACUAAGCAAGUUUCCUCCUUUCUCUCUUGUCCCCUUUUAUAAUGGUUUUUGAGAGAGAGGAGGUAAGAGAAAAUGCAAAUCAGCCUCUCUAUUUUCUAAUCAGUUGAUCACUCUUCUCCUCUCUCUCUAUUGAAAAAUUCCCAGUUCUUUUCUUCUCUGUCCCUUACUCUGCUUGUGAGGCAUUAUAGAAAGGAGGGCUUUGGGGUUUUCAAGUUCUGUUUUACUUCAUCUUCCUCUCUGGUUUUUUCUGGUUUCUUUUUGGUCAAAAUGAGUCUUCAACACGUAAGGAGUGACAAUAAAGGUUUCAGUGGGUAUCAAGAUAUAAAUUUUUUGCCUCCACCUGCUACUUCUCAACUGUCUCUCGCUAACACAUUUGAGGUAAUGGGUAACCCUAGAGAGACAGAAACCAAAAAUCCUCAAGUGGGGUUUCAGAUUUUUCGCCAUUCAGUGGACCAAAACGGAAAGCCGUGGAGUAUUCAACAGGUAGGAAGCAGGGGAACUAAGAGGCCUCGUGAUGGAAGUGAUGGGCUUUUCGGGGUUCAAAAGAAAGGUCUCUCUUUGAAUUUAGAUGAAGAAGAGGAGCCUAAGAGCUCUGCUCCUGGUAAAAAUGGCCACACAAAGCUUUGUGCCCGAGGCCAUUGGAGACCUGCUGAAGAUGCCAAACUCAAAGAGCUUGUGGCCCAAUUCGGUCCUCAAAACUGGAAUUUAAUUGCUGAGAAUCUUGAAGGAAGAUCGGGGAAGAGCUGUAGAUUAAGGUGGUUCAACCAGCUGGAUCCAAGAAUCAACAGGAUGGCUUUCACUGAGGAAGAAGAGGAGAGACUAUUAGCUGCUCAUAGAUUGUAUGGUAACAAAUGGGCUAUGAUUGCUAGGCUGUUUCCUGGCAGGACUGAUAAUGCGGUGAAGAACCAUUGGCAUGUGAUCAUGGCCAGAAAACAUAGAGAACAAUCCAGCAUUUACAGGAAGAGGAAACCCUCUUCUUCCUCCCAAAUCGUCCCACCCAUCAAGGAACUUGAUGUUAAUUUGCAAAACAACGCUUGCAGUGAAUCAACGACCAUCUCUAGCACCAUUGAUGAAUCUGCCUCAACAUGCACUGAUCUCUCCCUUAGUCCUUCAGCCAAAGCACACAAUAAGCUUUUCACAAGGUUCAGUCCCCAAGGAGCUCCCAUGGGUUCUGCAGAAAAGGAAAUGAAAGUAGGAAAUGUAGAAUUUGACAAGUUCUAUUGCAGUAGUGGUGGCAAAGGGUUCUAUCAAACUGGGUCCAUAAGUGUGGUUACGGGGCUGGACCAAUCUGGUCAGUCAGAUUCAAACUCGGAAGUGUCUGCAACUGAGUCAGUUGGCACCAACAGGAUCAACCCCUCUCUCUCUGGUGACAAUGAAGAUGGGAAUGAGAAAAUCAACGCGUCCUUUAUUGACUUCCUCGGGGUAGGAGCUACAUGAGAUGAGUUCAUUUUGCUAUAAAAUAGAGAAAACCGGGCAUAACAAAGAUAAGGGGGGAGUGAAUCUCAGAGACUCAGCUCUCAUUGCUACAGACUACAGUGUUUAAUAUACAUUUAGUUCCAUAAGUAGAAGAAGAGAACAGCAGUAAAAAAAUAGGUUAAUAGGAGGGGGGGGAAGCAGCAGCAGCUACUCUACUUGUUUAAAAAAUAAUCCUAAAAAGAAAAGAAAAGAAACCCCUCUUAGUUUUGGACUUGUGUAGCAAAAAAUAUACAGGGGCUAAGUCUUCUGUGAUGUAUUAUGCAUAUGCCUGCCAUGGCUUUUUGUAAGAGUGAAGGAGAGGCAAAAGCCAAAGCCAACCAAAGUUUGAUGUGUUAUUUUUUUCCUUUAAUCAGAGUACUGACUGAAACAUGAAUCAACAUGCCCAUCUUUCA